AGACACCCAUGAACAACAGGAAGGAAGCUUAUUAACCCCUCUCCUCCCCCUCCCUCUUCUCCCCGGUGGAGAAUCAGCUCCUCCUCCUCCCGGUCGUUCGACCCUGGUGCAAAAUGCAAACAACCGCCCGCUUUCCCCACCCUGCGCGGUUCUCCCAGAGGAGGGAGAGGGAAGAGUCGAGGACGCAGCCCCAAGCCGAGUCCGGCAAGUCUGUCAAUCCGGCGUGAACGUCCCGACGAGACAACUUGGACCUCAGGGCCCUCGUGCCGGCCGGACACCGCAGGUACCCCCUUUACCUGCCUCUCUGCUGGCACCCCAACUCCUAGCCUUAUUUUCUCCCCAGCCACAUAAUAUUCCGGACCUCUGCUCCCCGUGCAGGUGGUGCAAACGCCCCUGCUCUCCGGCGCCCCCUGCCGGGAAGAGGGAAGGCGGCGGCCGCGGAGGAGCAGGACGCGGGGCCGGGACAGAGCUCGGCUCUGGGAAGAAGCCGGGAGCUUCCCUGAUGGUGCCGCCGCCUCCGAGCCGGGGAGGAGCUGCCAGGGGCCAGCUGGGCAGGAGCCUGGGUCCGCUACUGCUGCUCCUGGCGCUGGGACACACGUGGACCUACAGAGAGGAGCCGGAGGACGGCGACAGAGAAAUCUGCUCAGAGAGUAAAAUCGCGACGACUAAAUACCCGUGUCUGAAACCUACAGGCGAGCUCACCACAUGCUACAGGAAAAAGUGCUGCAAAGGAUAUAAAUUUGUUCUUGGACAAUGCAUCCCAGAAGAUUACGACGUUUGUGCAGAGGCUCCCUGUGAACAGCAAUGCACAGACAACUUUGGCCGAGUGCUGUGUACUUGUUAUCCGGGAUACCGAUAUGACCGGGAGAGACACCGGAAGCGAGAGAAGCCAUACUGUCUGGAUAUUGAUGAGUGUGCCAGCAGCAAUGGGACGCUGUGUGCCCACAUCUGCAUCAAUACCUUGGGCAGCUACCGCUGCGAGUGCCGGGAAGGCUACAUCCAGGAAGAUGAUGGGAAGACGUGUACCAAAGGAGACAAAUAUCCCAAUGACACUGGCCAUGAGAAGUCUGAGAACGCGGUGAAAGCUGGAACUUGCUGUGCCACAUGCAAGGAGUUCUACCAGAUGAAGCAGACCGUGCUGCAGCUGAAGCAAAAGAUUGCGCUGCUCCCCAACAAUGCAGCUGACCUGGGCAAGUAUAUCACCGGUGACAAGGUGCUGGCCUCAAACGCCUACCUUCCUGGACCUCCUGGCCUGCCGGGGGGCCAGGGCCCACCCGGCUCACCAGGACCAAAGGGAAGCCCAGGCUUCCCCGGUAUGCCAGGCCCUCCUGGGCAGCCCGGUCCACGGGGCUCAAUGGGACCCAUGGGACCAUCUCCUGAUCUGUCCCACAUUAAACAAGGCCGGAGGGGCCCUGUGGGUCCACCAGGUGCACCAGGAAGAGAUGGUUCUAAGGGGGAGAGAGGAGCGCCUGGGCCCAGAGGGUCUCCACGUCUCCUGCAGUUCCAAGCUGACACGGCAGAUGGUGCAGUUGAAUCGCCCAGGGAGCCUCAGCACAGCAGCCUGUCACCUCUCCACGAGGCAGCUGCCGCAAGCUGCAUUCACUGGGACAAACCUACCUUCCUUCUAGAAUGUGAGUCAGAUGUGGCAGUGGCCCUGCAGGCGGCAGCAAUGGCAGUGUCACAACACAGACUGAGAUUUCGCUUCAACGCCGAACCGCUUGGGGGCUCUCAUGGAUGCAAAGUGUGUCGUUUCCUUGCCGAAGGACAGUGAAGGCAGGUGUUUGCUGCUCUCCUGCAGGCUCUUGGGCAUGCAUCAGAGGUACUUCUUUAGGGACCAAGCUCUCAUCAAAUUAAUAUUCUGUCUGUAAGUCAGAUCCUGUUAAUUACCUCGGUUUAAUGAAGGUUUUCUUUUGGAAAUAGAGAGAUUGUGUUGAUUCUCCAUUUUUUGGUCCGCUUGAGUGAAGGAAAGUUGAUGUUCUAGGCUGGAUACAAGACUGAAAUAGGAUAUUCCGAGGCAGCUUCUUACAGACGACCACCUUUCCGUACCAGCCAUUAGAAUUAUAUGAGCUUUAAUCCUGCACCUAACUUUCCAGGGUUUCCUCCUCCAAGAAGCGGGGUUAGCACUGGGCCAACGACAAACAAGUGAAGGGCUUGGGUCAGGAUACCUAUGUUACAGCUGCAGAAUGUCAAGCACAAGAGCAGUCACUACAGCUUGCCAGGGCAGAGCCCACAGAAGUAAUAUUCCAAAACAACACAUUUCCGUAUUAUUCCAGCGCAGCAGAAUGGCUGGGGGCUGCAAGUUGCAUUUGAACAGCAUUUCUCAACCUUAUCAGACCUAAUGCCCCGCUUUCAUAACAAAUACUGUGUAACUCUCCCCUCUAGUAUCCCACAAUGAGAUGCACAGAUACUACAACUUGUCUAUGCACAUAUUUAAUCCCUGUAAUGUCCUUGCAGUAAUAUAAAGAAUAAAUGAAAGCAAAGUCAUUAUAAUGAAUAUGUAUUUCCAUGUGUGAAUAUGCAGACACAACUAUGCUGGAAGGCACAAGUAGCCUGAUGCUUAUGUCUGUUCAUAGCAUCAUCCUAAAUAUCAUGGCCACAAAUCCAAAUUAAGUGUUGGUGACUCAGGUACCAUGCGCUGCAUUGAAUGACUCAGUAAAAUUCCAACCAAAUGUAAGUAUAAUCUUUCUUUACUUUACAUAUAAUUAUUAUGGAUACUUGCCAUAAAAAUAAGUUGCAUUUAUAUGCAAAACAGAGGUAGGUUCUAGGCUCCCUAAUAGUUGUAACAGCUACCCUUCCUACACACACAGACACACAUGCUUCCUAAAAAAACCCAGGAAGUAAGUAUGGCCGUUCUUGAAAACCACUGGUAUGGAGGGCCAGAUAGGGCCACAGGGCAUGAAGAGGACCUGUAGUUGCCUUCCAGAACUCUUAGGUUCUCCAGGUGAUUACCCAAGACCUUUUCAACUGCCAAAAUCAAGACCUUGCUAGUGUAGUUAUGUAACUGAUGCCAAAUUUGAUAACCAUAGAGUAAAGACCUAUCGCUAGGGUGACUCUGCCCUAGAUUCCUGUGUGAUGAUGCAGCCAUUGUGUCAGGCCUGGGAUGGAACAGCACUGCAACACACCAAAACCAGCCUGGGAAACGCAGGCACAAAAGGACACCUGGUUCAUUUCCUAAGCCACCUUUCACUCCACCACACUGCAUCUGGACAGGCUCCGGAGGAAAGGCCUGGAUGCAAGAUCCCAGCAGACCCUCAUUCCACAGGGCCAUCCCAGCUCUGCUCCAGCCACUGGGAUUGUUUGGUGAUCAGGGGUGUCGAUGGACCACUGGUUUAGGCUCUAGUUAAUUGAAUGUUCUGGUUACAUGACAGUUAAUUCACAGUCCUCUUUGCUUUGAUCCUUAUAAAACUUUCCUAAAUUCAUGUGUUCACCCUUCACCAAACAACGUUUACUUAGUUGGAAAGAUUCCUUUUUCUUUCCUCUAUUUUACAGAUUCCUAUAAUAGUGUUAUAAUACUCUGAUAUUAAUAGCAAUGCAUUUAGUAAACACACAGCUCUAGCUUCCUGGCUUAAUGCAUAGUACAUACUAGAGAAGGGAGGUUUUGUUUUAUGUUUAAGCAUACUGUAAGGUUUCAAGCUUCUCUUUCUGAGCCAUUAUCACUAAAAGAAUGAAAGUGCCUACAUAGGCAUCAAAGAUUGUG